AUUAAGUAUUGCUCAGUUUAAGACUUGAUCUUGAAUAGACAGCCAUCCCCACCAUGAAGCUGACAGUUGUCUUCAUGCUUGUCACCCUGGCGCUUCGCUGCUACUCAGCUUCUGCUGUUCUGGACAUGGCUGGCAGUCUUGUGUCAAAUGUUGUGCCAAAUAUGGUGCCAAACCUGGUUUCCGUUCCUUUCAGCGUCCUCACUGAUCUGGUUGGAGGGGUACAGGGCUGUGUGAACCAGCUCACCCCCAAAGUGCUAUCUGCUCUUAAUAGGGCGCUGGGUAUAUUGAAGAUCCGGUGUAAACAUUCCUGGAGAAAGCCAGGCAAGCGUCACAGAUGGAUGAAUACCAGACACCUCUGUCAUCUUCCUCUUUAAAUUCAGCUUUUCUCUUAUCUCAGCAUGUAGCCCAAGCUUCCUGUUCUCUCACCCCACCCCCUCCAGUGCGGGCUCAGAAUCAUUCCAAUAAACU